CCCAAUUUAACGCGGGAGACUGGGCGGAAGCAGAAUCUCCUUCCUGCGCUCGUUGUAAACCGUAAACACAAGUGAGGAUUUCCUCUUGCCUUACGGUCCUGGGAUGAACUGCGAGUUUUAAAGAGCGUGGAACCAUUUUCUGGGCCACGAAACCGAUUCGCAAUGGACGCGUGGGUUCGUUUUAACGCACAGAGUCAGUCCAAAGACAGACUUUUCAGGGCUGCACAGUAUGCCUGCAUGCUGUUGGGGUACACGCUGCACAAGAGCAGGGCAGCGUCAGACCUCCUCAAAACGCUCAGUGACCUGGAAAAGCACCUGAGCCUCACCAGAAAAUUUCUACGUCUCGGGAACUCUGUGGAAGCUCUGGAAGCAGCCAAGAGAGCGAUUCACCUGUCGGACGGCGUGCUGAGGCUCUGCCUGACGAUCAGCCAUCUGAACAAAGCCAUGUACUUUGCCUGCGACAAUGUGGUGUGGGCAGGAAAGACGGGCCUUUUCUCUAAAGUGGACCAGCAGAAAUGGAGUCAGAGAUCUUUUAGGUACUACCUGUUUGCUCUGCUCGUCAGUCUGACUCGUGACCUGUAUGAGCUCUGCCUCCUCAUGGACAACGAGACACGCUACCAAAGCGCCAAAACAUCUGCAUCGGCCAAUUCCAGCCACGACCCCCCUGCUGACUGCCUCUCCUCCCUAGCUACCAGCAGCCGCCCCCCUCUCGUGUGGUCGUGGCUCCUCAGACACUUCCGCCAGGUGGUCACGGUGCUGCAGAACAACCCGCCUCUGCUACUGGACCUGGUGAAGAACAGCUGCGACAUCUUCAUUCCUCUGGACAGGCUGGGGAUUUACCCGACGGGGCCGGGCUUUGUGGGGGCGUGCGGCGUCGCCUCCUCCGUGCUCGCCAUCCUCGCUGUAACCCACCCCUGGCUCAAACUCAAACCCUGAGCUUAAGACACUGCAUGCACUCCGGCAGGGGUGUCAGACUGCUGCCGAGGCGAGACUCACGGGCAGUUUUUAUGAUCCACAGGAGCCAUGUUGACAUAACAGUUUAGGUCAGAAAUGAAAAAGCUUGAGAUGUGAAAGAGUUAUGCCUAAAAUGUUUUUAAUGUUUCUUAAUUUCAGUUCGACUGCAGAAAUAACAGAUUUGUAACAUGAUCUACAUGUUUUUUUGUUUUUCAAUGUUUGCUCAGAGUUAAAAUAUCUACUUUGAUUUUAAUUUUCUUGCAGCACGUUUUAUUCUGCCAGAACUAAAAAGAAAUAAAAAGUAUAUAAAAAAUCCCCAAAGUAACAGUUUAUAUGGAAGAAACAUCCAAAUAAAAUCAUUGUCCGUGAACGGUAAAUCGCUGUGGCGACCCCCGACAGUGAACAACUUUGAGGCACAUAUGAGGCUGGAGACCCGAGUUGAUGAAAAUUCAGUUUUUUACUUUCAUUCAACAUGUUACAAACAAAGACAUCAAAGAUCUAAAUAGAAACAGUAAACAAAAGGGAAAGGAAAUAAAACCACUGUAGUAAAAACACAAAACAACUGUUGAUUCCAGCUGGUCUCUUUCUGAGCAACUUCCAGGAAACAUGACCUCUGGUCCAAACUAUGGGUUACCAUGGAAACAUCUCCAUUCAGACUCCCUGCAGAAUAAAAGCAGAGGUCACAUCAAUCUUGAUCACAUACUGUAUCAUUGUGUAAGAUAUAAGCUAAUCAAUUAGUGUAUGAAUGAAGACCCAGUCAUUUUGACUUUCCACUUCAUUUAUCCUUAAAAAA